UUUUUCCCAUUUUUUUUCAUUCCUCACAAAAUAAAUAAAGAAGCUUUCUUUUCUCUCUCGCAUUGACCUUUUUUUUUUGCCUCUCUCCACUUCUGUAAUCUUCUCACAUCCCCGCACGAUUAUUCUCCAGCCGAUCAACGAACACAGAGACGCUAAUGUGUUUGACUCGAUUCGAAUCCUUCUUCCUCUGAUCACACCGAUUGAUUUCCACCCACAGAUUUUUUCCUUCUUCUGAAAAUUUAGGGUUAGCGAAGGUUUGAUCAAUGAUGCAAGGUGAAGUACAAUUGCAGCCACCGGAUUCACAAAAACUAAGUGAUUCCGCUCCUUUGUUAGGAGACCACACCAAUUCUUCAUUUUCAUCUUCUUCGGCGUCUCCUUCUGCGUCUGUGGUGGCAGGAAAUAGCGAUGAGAUAAAGGCUGAAGAUUUAGAGAACGAUGCUUCUUCAGCUCCUUGUUGUCGUAUUUGUUUGGAGGACGAUAGUGAAUUGUUAGGUGAUGAAUUGAUAUCACCUUGUAUGUGUAAAGGCACUCAACAAUUCGUGCAUCGGUCAUGUCUCGAUCAUUGGCGCUCGGUCAAAGAAGGUUUUGCUUUCUCUCACUGUACCACCUGCAAAGCACAGUUUCAUCUGAGAGUCGAACCUUUUGAGGAUAACAACUCGUGGCGUCGAAAAGCUAAAUUCAGACUCUUUGUCGCAAGAGAUGUGCUUUUGGUAUUCUUAGCUGUGCAGACUGUUAUCGCUGUGAUGGCCGGAUUGGCAUAUAUGAUGGACAAGGACGGAGAGUUUCGCAACUCUUUCAACGAUGAUUGGGAUCGUAUAUUGUCGAAACAUCCCAUCCCCUUUUAUUACUGCAUUGGGGUUGUAUCCUUCUUUGUGCUGACUGGAUUUCUUGGAAUCAUUCUGCAUUGCUCUGCUCUUAAUGGUAAUGACCCGAGGAUGGCUGGAUGCCAGAACUGCUGUUAUGGAUGGGGUGUCUUGGAUUGUUUCCCUGCUUCAAUGGAAGCAUGUUUCGCUCUUGUUGUUGUUUUUGUCGUCAUCUUCGCCAUUCUUGGUCUAGCUUAUGGGUUUCUUGCUGCUACUAUGGCUAUCCAAAGGAUAUGGCAGAGACAUUAUCAUAUUCUCACCAAGCGAGAGCUCACAAAGGAGUACAUCGUGGAGGAUCUUCAUGGAAAUUACACUCCCCCGAAGCUAGAUGCAGAGCACGAAGGAAGACUGAAAAUGCUGAAACUUCUGUGACCGUGUUUUCUUUAACUGUCAAAUAAAGGUUCUAUGGAGUUUCGGGCACAUUAGAGAGACAAGUUCACUACAUACAUCUUUGUUCACAGAGAUGUCUUUCUUUUCUUUAUCAUGGAUGAAAAGUACCUAAUGGAUAUGUUGUCUUAUAUAUAUUUAUGAUUAUGAUAUGAGGUGAAGCAAUGCUGCUGGUGUUUGAGUGAA